CAAGGAACCCGUUUUUCCACACCUUAAUUUAAGUGAAGAUGUGCCAGUCGCCCCCGGAGAGCGCAACAAUUGCGAUCACUGGGGUACAGCGCAAGAUGGACAAAAUCGUCUCAAAGCACCAGAGGGAGCUGACCGACGCGCGCCAGCAGAUCGGCUUGUUCCUGAAAGCCAACAAAUUUCCCAACGGUGAUACCAACGGAAAGAAAGGCGUGAUCUUCGUGACUUUCCCACUGCAUGAAGCCGUGAAGCAGAACAAUGCCUACAUGACAUCGAAGCUUCUCCUCUUCGGUGCAGAUCCCACCUUGAGAGACACCUGGGGUCGCACGGCUUAUGACUACGCAAAGGGCAAGGCCACACACGACCAGAUCUUGAAGGUGUUUCAGCUCUCGGGGCACUCUCCAUUUGCUCCGCUCCACAAGCGUUGUCUUUCGCAGCUUCAGCGCCAUCCGCCGCCCCGUGGCUUCGAGGAUUUCUUUGCGAAGCUCGCGAGGGAUCCCUUGGUGCAGGUGCCGAAUUGCGAUGCUCAGUGGCUAGAGGAACUUGGUGCAAAAUGCCUGAGGAAACCAAAGGCAAAGGAUGCAGAGGUGUGAGGGAGGCUGACAGCCUAACAGGUUUUCGCAAGGGGUCAUCACAUUUAAAUGCACUGCUCCAAUUCAAAUUGGGAGAGGGUGCCGAAGUGAUGUGUUG